AUGACUGACUGGACAACGGGCAUCAUGCCGCUGCACCAUGUGCACAAGCCUCCAUUCACCAUCGAGGCUCCUGGCUACGAAAAGGUUCCCGGCGAGACCAUUCCCCGACGUCAUCCUCUGGCAAAGGACGGCCUCAUCAGCACCCCCGCCCCCGACGCCAGAACUGUCUUCGAGAUCAUCCAGCGCAGUGCCCGCCUCUACCCCAAUCACCAUGCCGUUGGCUCCCGCAAGCUCAUCAACAUGCAUACCGAGAAGAAGAAGGUCAAGAAGAACGUUGACGGCCAGGUCCAAGAGGUCGAGAAGGAGUGGUCCUUUUUCGAACUUACCGGCUUCGAGUAUUUGACCUACCAACAGUACCUCGAGCGUGUCUUGCAGCUCGGCUCUGGCCUGCGCAAGCUGGGUCUGACUAGCGAGGACAAACUUCACAUUUUUGGCAGCACCAGUGUCGGCUGGAUUUCCACAUCUCAUGCAGCCGCCUCGCAGUCUAUUUCCAUUGUGACCGCCUACGACACUCUGGGCCCCAGCGGUGUCGAGCACUCUCUCGUGCAGACUAACUGUUCUGCCAUGUAUGUCGACUCUCACCUGCUCAAGACCGCCUCGGAGCCCAUCAAGAAAUCCAACGUCAGGAUCGUCAUUGUCAACGACAAGACCAUCUUUGCCAAGGGCGGCGAGGUCGAGGCGUUCAAGAAGGAGCACCCAGACCUGCAGAUCAUCACCUACGAGGAGCUUCACCAGCUUGGAGAAGAGAAUCCUGUGGAGCCAAACCCGGCCAAGCCAGAAGACCUCUAUUGCGUCAUGUACACAUCGGGUUCGACAGGUCUGCCCAAGGGCGCUUGCAUCACCCAUCAGGCUCUCGUCGCUGGAGUGACUGGUCUUUACCUGUGUGUCAAGGAGUGCGUGAGUGACAGGGAAUGCAUUCUGGCCUACCUGCCCCUGGCGCAUAUCUUCGAAAUGGCGCUCGAGAAUAUCGUCUUCUUUAUCGGAGGAACGCUCGGAUACGGUAACCCUCGAACCCUGUCGGACAUCUCAAUGAAGAACUGCUAUGGCGACAUGCGUGAAUUCAAGCCCACGGUCAUGGUCGGUGUUCCCCAGGUUUGGGAGACUGUGCGAAAGGGCAUCACAGCCAAGCUCGAGUCAGCCAGUCCUCUUCUCCGAAACCUGUUCUGGGGUGCAUACAGCUGGAAGGCGUUCAUGACCAAGAACAAGCUUCCGCUGGCCAGCCUCUUUGACAGUGUCGUCUUUGGCAAGGUCCGUGAACUGACGGGUGGUCGCAUGCGAUUCACUAUGAAUGGCGCUAGUGGCAUCUCGGACGGCACCAAGAACUUCAUUUCGCUUGUCGUUGCUCCCAUGCUUGCUGGUUAUGGUCUGACCGAGACCUGCGCCAACGGUUCUCUGGGCUGUCCCCUCGAGUUUUCGCCUGGCGCCAUUGGCCCUGUUCCUGCGUCUUGCGAGAUCAAGCUUGUCGCGCUCCCUGAGCUGGGUUACUCGACCGAGUCUGCUACUCCCCAGGGCGAGAUCUGGAUCAAGGGCUAUCCUGUCAUGACCAAGUACUGGGACAACCCCGAAGAGACGGAAAAGGCCAUUACCCCCGAUGGAUGGUUCAAGACCGGUGAUAUCGGAGAGUUCGAUGCUAAUGGACAUCUGCGAGUCUUUGACCGUGUCAAGAAUCUCGUCAAGAUGCAGGGCGGCGAGUACAUUGCUCUGGAGAAGCUCGAGGCCGUUUACCGAGGCGUCCAGACUGUGGGUAACGUCAUGGUGCACGCUGAUCCCGAAUACUCUCGUCCUAUUGCUGUCAUCAUGCCCAACGAGAAAGUGGUGCAUGAGAAGGCUAAGGAGUUGGGUGUUGACGAAGGAAACCUACACACCAUCCAUACCAACAAGAAGUUGGUGAGCUAUGUGCUCAAGGACCUCCAGGGUGCUGCUAAGCGCGCCGGUCUGUCCAGCAUGGAAGUCGUCUCUGCUGUUCUCAUCACCGAUGAGGAGUGGACAUCCGACAAUGGUCUUCUUACCGCUACCCAGAAGCUGAACCGAAGGAAGAUUACGGAACACUUCAAGAAGGAUAUCCAGGCCACGCUCAAGGCCACUGGAUGA